AUGCAUACAUUAAACUCCAUUGCCAGAAACAGAUGGGGCUAUAACAGCAAAUCUUCCAAAUUACUAUACACGGCGGAUAUCGAACCUAUCUUACUAUAUGGAUGUGAAAUCUGGGGCACAGCAAUUGACAAAAUUCAUAUCAAAAGAAAGUUACUCUCAGCACAGAGGCUUUCGGCCAUAUCAAUCACAAAAGCGUACAGGACAGCCCCGGGGGAUGCAUUACUUGUAAUAGCUGAUUUAAUACCCAUCGACUUAAAAAUUAAAGAAAGGAUAUGGAAAUAUUAUCAGAUAAAAUAUGCUAUAAAUAACAUCAGCAAGGAUAACUUUGAUAAAACAAUUCAGAAGAUAGGAAUAAAGGAACCAGCUAUAGAGAUUUCUAACAUCAUAACCAAAGAAAAACUAGACUACUAUCCAAACAUUCACGUCUUUCACCCGACAAUAAGCCUACCAAUAAAGCUUACAGAAAACUUGGACAAUAAUAAUAAUAUAAAGAUCUACACGGAUGGUUCAAAGACGGAUACGGGUGUAGGGUGCUCAGUGGUGGUAAGGGAAAACAAAAAGAACAUACAUCAGGCUCACUAUAAACUUGCCACAUACUGUACAAUAAAUCAGUCCGAAUCUCUGGUUAUUUUCAAUGCUCUGAAAUGGGUACUUAAAAAUCUAAAACAAAUUAAUAACAAAGGAGUCACAAUAUACAGUGACAGUAAAGUUGCCUUACAACAGCUAAAAAAGUUAAACGCAAACUUACCAAUUGUUUUUCAAAGUAUUAAAAUAAUCAUUACCUUACAAGACAGUAUCAACAUAAAUCUUAACUGGGUAAAAGGACACUCAUCAAAUCCCGGCAAUGACAGGGCUGAUCUCUUAGCCCGCAAAGCAUCUGACAAAAAUCUAAACAUUUCGUACAACAGAAUACCAUUAACUUGGUUACAUCAGAAGAUACGCAGUUAUAUUCAGACUAAAUGGCAAGAACGUUGGGAAAAAAGCACAACCGGAAGACUUACUUACCAAUUCUUUCCACAAAUCCAAAAGAGGAUUAAGAAUAAGCAUUUUGUUCCUUCUUUCAAUAUUACGCAAAUACUCAUGGAACAUGGUAAUUUCCGGGCAUACUUGCACAGGUUCCUGGGGAAAACCAACGGGAAAUGUUCAUGCAACCUUCAAGAGGAUGAGGAUUCGCAACAUGUAAUAUACAGCUGCCCAAUUUAUUCAAAUGAACGCAAAAGGUUAAUAGAACAAAUAAGAGAAAACAACGAGUUAUGGCCUUGUGAGUUGAGCAUUCUUGUGAGCAAUAAAGACAUUUACAAGGAUUUCAAAACGUUUUUAAAGGCAAUUAAAAUACUGGAAUAA